UCUUCAACAGAUCCAAUUUGUACUAUUUCCUAAUCGAACGGUUGUCGUACUAAUAUUGCUUAAACAAAUUUUAUUCAUUUUAUAAUUUCUUAAUGUCUAAAUAUUGUAUAGUGUUGUGAUACCAUUUUUUUUAAAUUAUAUUUAAAGGUGGCUAUGAAAUCUAAGUGGGAUGAAAUCGCAAAUGCUCGGGCUAGGGAUAAGAAAACUCAUGUUAGCUUUCCCCAAUUGAAAUAUCCAUCUCUGAGAGAUACUGGCAUGAGAGAUCCUAUACAAUGGCUAACAGGUAAGGCAUUAGAUGACGGAGCAGAAGGUCUAUGGCGAGUUCACGACAAAUUGUACGACGUAACAAGUUUCCUAAACAAACAUCCUGGAGGAGAAGAAUGGCUGGAAUUAACAAAGGGAACCGAUAUAACAGAAGCUUUUGAAUCUCAUCAUUUAAAUCCGGCAACCGAAAAAAUCCUUGAGAAAUAUUAUGUAAGAGACGCGAAGACCCCGCGUAAUUCUCCGUUCACCUUUAAAGAUGAUGGAUUUUAUAGGACCUUAAAAAGAGAAGUUUAUAAAGAACUAUCAAAAAUCCCGAAACAUGUUUCAAGAACAGCCGAUUUAAUAACUGACGGAUUAUUUUUAUCUCUUCUAUGUUAUUCUGCAUUGGCAUGUUGGGUUGAAAAUUAUUGGCUAGCUCAGUUGUGGUAUAUUAUCGCAUCUAUAUGUUUGGCAUUACUGACUGUAGCUUGUCAUAACUUCAUCCACCGCAAAACUAACUGGAGAAUGUUUCUUUUCAAUCUCACUAUGUCGUCAUACAGAGAUUUCCGAGUGUCGCAUGUAUUAUCGCACCAUUUAUAUACAAAUACUCUAAUGGAUUUUGAAAUCAGCUCCUUAGAACCAAUCCUGCAAUAUAAUCCCAGAAAAAAUAAGCCGGUGUAUGCUAGACUCGGUUUUAUUACUGAAUUUUUAUUUUUUCCAUUCAUAUUCUUUACACUUUUUAUUAAAAGGUUUAUCUCUAUAUUUAUUAGAGAAGAUUUUUUAAGGAAACACUAUAGCUGGCAUGAUUGCCUAGGAUUUCUUUUGCCAUUGUGGAUGUGGCUUAUUACCGGCAGUCCUAUAACCAAAGUUUUAUACGUUUGGUUUUGGAUCAUAUGCGCGGGAAGUCUGCUUUUUCAUUUAAUUGGAGUAAAUGCUGCGCAUCAACAUCCAGAUGCUAUAAAGGACGGUGAUCAGCCAAGAAAUGAAACCCCUGACUGGGGUGAGCAUCAAGUGGAGGCACUUAUCGAUAGAAAGGACAUAAACAGGAAUACGUUUGCAGUAGUGACGCUCUUUGGCGAGCAUACCCUCCACCACAUGUUCCCGACACUCGACCAUCUAGUACUCAAAUACUUACGUCCACUUUUCUUACAGAUAUGUGAUAAAUAUAAAGCUAAAUACAGGGUGUCCACACAAUUUGAAAUGGUAAUCGGUCAGAUAAAGGAAACGAUGAGAACCGAAUAUAAAAGCAUUGAUUGAUUAUAGAAAUUAUUUUGAAUAUUUUUAAAUAAUAUGGAAAUAACAAAUCGUUAGUAUAUUUAAAAAGGGUUACCUAUUGUAAUAAACAUAAUUAAUAUAUGUAAUUCUUAAAAGCAUUCUUUUAUCCAACACCCUUUACAUGGUACAAGUGACAAAAAAGUGUAUGUAUUUAACUUAGUUAUAAAGAUAAAAAGGUACGGAAGCACUAACAUAUGCGGCAAG